UUAACUAACAUUUAUUUUGAAUUGUGUUUUUGAGUUUGUCUCAUUAAUUAAUUGAGUGAAUUAUUUGGAAGCGUUGAGAAUUUAACAAAUUAAACCAUGGAAAAGGACUUGGACAAAGUUGUUGAGGAAAUAAUGUCAACACCCAACGUGACUGGGUGUAUAUUUGCUGAUCAUAAAGGUCUGUGUUUAGCAGCCAAAGGCGCUGCUCAUGUAGACUCCGCGGGAAUUCUCGUAGCUAUAUCCGAGCAGGCUUGUAAGCUACAGCCCAAUUUGAAGCCGCCCACCGUGUGCCUAGAGACUGACCAAAAAAUGUGCUUGAUUCAACGGCACGGUACUAUUACAGGAGGAAUUUUCAAAUUGAAGACAUAGAAACAUAAGUGACAAAUAUUUCGCCUAAUUUGGCUACUUGGCAGUGUUUGAUGAUUGAAUGGCAAUUUUCUUUUGGUUAAAUAAUUAUGUAAAGAUACACAUUAUUUGAACAUUAUGCAAAAGGAAGUAGUUAUACAUUAUUAUAACAAUGUAAUAGUAAUAGUUCUAUUAAAUCUCUUUGUAUUAUUUAUCUAUGUAUAGAAUUCAUGAGUAUGUAUGUAAAUAGAUUUAGCUAUUGUUUUAAGUUUUGUUAUUAUUUUAAUAAAUUAAGUUAUUAAA